AUGUGCCAAUGCUUGAUCACAGUGAUGGCUAGUACUCAUGCCUUGAGCAUGGGCGCAAUCAACCUGAAAGUGCACGAGAGAGGACUGUAUCCACACAUUGGUGAUAUCGAGAUGUACAAGGAGGCUGGCAUGCUCUCAACACUAAGGAUGAAGUUCCACCUGAAGGUGUUCAAGAAUAAUAUGGAGACCACUGGCCAUGAGCAAGACCUCUGGUUCGAUCCUGUCCUCUUUGCACAUAAUAUCCCAUUUGAGAAUUCCCUGUGGAUGUUUUGCCAUCUGUGA